CUGGGUGGGGAUCCGCAGGCCUCCCCGGGCGCGCGCCCCCCCUCGGCGGCGCGCACGGGGCCCGGGAAGCAGCAGCGGCGGCGGCGGCGGCGGCGGCAGCAGGUGGAGCCGGAGCCUCCGCGCAGCCGAGGCCGCGGCCACUGCCGGCGUCGCCGCCAUUAGACAAUAGGAGCGGCGGCCGGGCGUGCGGGGAGGCGGGCGGCGGGGAGGGGCGGGGAGGGGCGCCGGGCGCGCAGGAAGCGGGGCCCGGGGCGCGCCGGGGCCGGGCGCGCGGGGGAGGGGGCGCAGGAAGCGGGCGAGGCCGGGCGCGGGAGGCGGCGGCGGCGGCCCCGGGAGCUGCCGAUCGGCGCCGGGACAAAGGCGCGGCCGCCCGGCGCCCCGAGCCGCCCGAGCCGGGGCGCACAGCCGGGGCGCAGCCCGCGCCCCCCGCCGCGACUGACAUGAUGUUUCCACAAAGCAGGCAUUCGGGCUCCUCUCACCUACCCCAGCAACUCAAAUUCACCACCUCGGACUCCUGCGACCGCAUCAAGGAUGAGUUUCAGCUGCUGCAGGCUCAGUAUCACAGCCUGAAGCUCGAAUGUGACAAGCUGGCCAGUGAAAAAUCGGAGAUGCAGCGUCAUUACGUGAUGUACUACGAGAUGUCCUACGGCUUGAACAUCGAGAUGCACAAGCAGGCUGAAAUCGUCAAGAGGCUGAAUGGGAUUUGUGCCCAGGUCCUACCCUACCUUUCCCAAGAGCACCAACAGCAGGUCUUGGGAGCCAUCGAGAGAGCUAAGCAGGUCACGGCUCCUGAGCUGAACUCCAUCAUCCGACAGCAGCUCCAAGCCCAUCAGCUGUCCCAGCUGCAGGCCCUGGCCCUGCCUCUGACCCCGCUGCCGGUGGGGCUGCAGCCGCCUUCGCUGCCGGCCGUCAGCGCGGGCACCGGCCUCCUCUCGCUGUCCGCGCUGGGCUCCCAGGCCCACCUCUCCAAGGAAGACAAGAACGGGCACGACGGGGACACCCACCAGGAGGAUGACGGCGAGAAGUCGGAUUAGUGGGCGGCCGGGAUGGGGAGGGUGGGGGGACAGAGGGGAGACAGACAACGGAAGAGAGAGGAACGUUUAGCGCAAGACACAGUGUAGCUCGGGAUUGGCUGAACUCGGUAGUAUUUAUGGUAGCCGCCUGCUGGGGCCCUAGCCCUGCCUGUGUGCCGCCCCUAGCUUCGCUCACACCCCCGGCCUCCCUCCUCCUCCUCCACCCCCCACCCCUGCAGCCUGAGUGGGUGAAUACCUUGCUCAUGCUCAUUCCACACCGGAGGCAAGCUGAGGCCUGGAGGCACAAACGGGAAGCCAGGUCAGAGGAGAGCAAAGCCUCCAGAAGCCCCGCACCCCUGCACUUCCCCGUCCGCACAUGCGCACCUGACGUCCGCCCCGCAGGGCCCCUCAGGGCGCGCCCCCCAGCCUCUCACCCCGGCACUGCAUGCAGACACCACGCUAGCUGCCCCUUCCUGCCCUGGGCACACCCCCCCCCUCCCGUCCUCCCCCCUCCCCCCUCCCUCACCUCCUCUGCCCGUUCCGGAGCCCACGCCCACCUGUCCUCUCCCCUCGCCCCGCAGGAGAGGGGGCGGGGAGAGUGAGCUUAGCCAGGAGCAGGGGGAGGGGGAGCGGGCGUCCCAGAAUUCCCUUUCUCCCCUUCCCGAAUAAAGAUGAGGGUACUCAAGUUGUCUUGGUUUUUAUUUUAUUUUUUUCCUUUUUCCAGUAUACUAGCUUGUCUUUUAAGAAAAGGGAUAUUACGGGGGAAAAAAAAAAAAGACAGAAAAAUGUUUAAAAAAAAAAAAAAACAAGCAACACCCACACCUGUGUCUGUAUAUAGCCUUUUAGACUGUCAGCUUUUGUUGUGCUCAGUCGUCUGAUCGCUGCGGAGAAGUGACAAUGCUGUGUCGAGGGUGGGCUUAGCUGUGCCUUUCAAAUAAAGAUGUGAGAAGGUU